CCGCCUGGAGCUGCGGUGCUCAUAGCGGCGCGGAGAGGUUAGCGGAGCAGUGUCCCGCGGUUGCGGCAGCAUCUUCACCCCUCUCUCCCACAAUGGGGCUCCCUAAUGGGUCUCUCGCGUCUCUCCUGUUACUCCUCUUCCUCCUUCUCCAGGUUCAGGUUUGCUGGUUGCCGUGCGCGGCCUUCGAGCCGUGCCCAGCGGGCUCUGUGGGGGCUGAAGUGACCUUGGAGGCAGGAGGCGCGGAUCUGGAGCUGGGCCAGGCUCCAGAGAAAGGAGCUUUCGUGGGCUGCGCGGGACAAGAGUCAGCCCCACUUAGCACUGACAAUGACUUCGCUGCACUGAAUGAUAGAACAUUCCAGGGAAGGAAGGCACUGAAGAGCUCCCCACCCGGACGUAUCUUACGAAGACGCAAGAGAGAAUGGGUGGUCCCGCCGAUAUCGGUCUCUGAGAACGGCAAGGGCCCCUUCCCUCAGAGGCUGAAUCAGCUCAAAUCUAGUAAGGACAGAGGCACCAAGAUUUUCUACAGCAUCACAGGGCCUGGGGCAGACAGCCCUCCUGAGGGUGUCUUCUCCAUAGAGAAGGAAACAGGCUGGCUGCUGCUGAAUAAGCCGCUGGACCGGGAGAAGAUUGCCAAGUAUGAGCUCUUUGGCCACGCUGUGUCAGAGAACGGUGCCUCGGUGGAAGAGCCCAUGAACAUCUCCAUCAUCGUGACAGACCAGAAUGACCACAAGCCCAAGUUCACGCAGGAUGUCUUCAGAGGGAGCGUCUUGGAGGGGGUACUGCCUGGCACUUCUGUGAUGCAGGUGACAGCCACGGAUGAGGACGAUGCCAUCAACACCUACAACGGGGUGGUUGCUUACUCCAUUCAUAGCCAAGAGCCAAAGGACCCUCACGACCUCAUGUUCACCGUCCACCGGAGCACAGGCACCAUCAACGUCAUCUCCAGCGGCCUGGACCGGGAGAGAGUCCCUAAGUACACGCUGACCGUCCAGGCUACAGACAUGGACGGGAACGGCUCCACCACCACGGCAGUGGCCAUCGUGGAAAUCCUCGAUGCCAAUGACAAUGCUCCCAUGUUCGAUGCCCAGAAGUACGAGGCCCGUGUGCCUGAGAACGCAGUGGGCCAUGAGGUACAGAGGCUGACGGUGACUGAUCUGGAUGUCCCCAACUCACCGGCAUGGCGUGCCACCUACCGCAUCUUGGAAGGUGACGAUGGGGACCAUUUUACCAUCACCACCCACCCCGAGAGCAACCAGGGUAUCCUGACAACAAAGAAGGGCUUGGAUUUCGAGGCCAAAAACCAGCACACUCUGUACAUUGAAGUGACCAACGAGGCUCGCUUUGUAGUGAAGCUCCCAACCUCCACGGCCACCGUGCUGGUCCACGUGGAGGAUGUGAAUGAGGCACCCACGUUCGUCCCACCCUCCAAAGCCGUCACAGUGCAGGAGAAUAUCUCAGUUGGGGAGCCUGUCUGCACCUACACUGCGCAGGACCCCGACAGGGGGAGCCAGAAGAUCAGCUACCGCAUCCUGAGAGACCCAGCUGGGUGGCUAGCAAUGAACCCAGACAGUGGGCAGGUCACUGCUGCAGGGGUCUUGGACCGUGAGGAUGAGCGGUUCGUGAGGAAUGACAUCUACGAAGUUGUGGUCUUGGCCACGGACGAUGGGAGCCCUCCCACCACUGGCACGGGGACCCUUCUGCUAACACUCAUGGACGUCAACGACCAUGGCCCUGUCCCUGAGCCCCGUCAGAUCACCAUCUGCAACCAGAGCCCUGUGCCCCAAGUGCUGAACAUCACGGACAAGGACCUGCCCCCCCACACCUCCCCUUUCCAGGCCCAGCUCACACACAACUCGGACCUCUACUGGAUGGCAGAAGUCAGCAAGAAAGGGGACACAGUGGUCUUGUCGCUGAAGAAGUUCCUGAAGCAAGAUGAGUACGACGUGCACCUGUCUCUGUCGGACCACGGCAACAAGGAGCAGCCGGCAGUGAUCAGGGCCAUCGUGUGCGACUGCCACGGCCACGUGGAGAGCUGCCCCGUCCCGUGGAAGGGCGGUUUCCUCCUGCCCAUCCUGGGGGCCGUCCUGGCUCUGCUGCUACUCCUGCUGGUGCUCCUCUUGCUGGUGAGAAAGAAGCGGAAGGUCAAGGAGCCCCUUCUUCUCCCCGAGGACGACACCCGUGACAACGUCUUCUACUAUGGCGAAGAAGGGGGUGGCGAGGAGGACCAGGACUAUGACAUCACUCAGCUCCACCGGGGCCUGGAGGCCCGGCCCCCAGUUGCUGUCCGCAACGACGUGGCACCAGCCUUUAUCCUCAGACCCAUGUACCGCCCACGACCAGCUGACCCGGACGAGAUCGGCACCUUCAUCACCGAGAACAUGAAGGCAGCCGACACGGACCCCACGGCCCCGCCCUAUGACUCCCUGUUGGUGUUCGACUACGAGGGCAGCGGCUCUGAAGCCAACUCCCUGAGCUCCUUCACCUCCUCGACCUCGGACCAGGACCAGGACUAUGACUAUCUGAACGAAUGGGGCAGCCGCUUCAAGAAGCUGGCGGACAUGUAUGGGGGCGGCCAGGACGACUAGGCCCCUGGACCAGCGGGGCCAGGGACUGUACAUUGACCGCAGCUGCACCUUCAGAGGGCCUGGCACCCCCGCCAGUCGAAGACUUGGGGGCUGUUGAGAAGUGGCCUUAGCAACUUGGAAGGAAGAAGCCUCGAGUCUGACAUUGGAGGGGUCGGGCCGGAGCCUUUCAGACACGGGCAGUCGUCUGCAGCACUGAACACCUGCCAGCCCGGGGCCCGGGGCCUCGGAGGGCGAAUUUCCGGGCGUCUCCUCCCUGCUGUGACCUGCUGGGCCCUGUGUCCCGGGCCUGGACCGACUCCGACUCCCUGUGACAGCGUUCUCUCUGCGACGGACCGUUCUCCCUAGAAAGAGGCCUCUUUUUAAAACCCAGAUUUUUUUUUAAUGCGGUUUUCAGAAGCCAGAGGCGGGUCCUCAACUGUCCCUGGAGCCCUCCAGAAGCCCGGGCCGGAGCUCCUCGGCUCUCGGGCCUCGUGCUCUCAUCGCUGCUCUCCAGGCGCCGAGGCCUCCUGUCCGAAGGGGUCGCCGCGUGUUCAUGCUGUGCGCACCUGGGUUCUCCUGCGUGUUCGUUUUCCCCGCGGAGUGCUGUGGAGGGAGGGCGGUGACAAUCGUGUACAUGUAAUAGAACUUUUUUAUUAAAGGAACUUUCUCAGA